AUGGAGCUACCCCCCCUCAGACUGACGCUGCUCGACCUCCCGGAGAAUGUGCUUAUUCGAAUUCUGGAAUAUGCGAGACUGCUCCGAUACUGUGCGGUGAAUAUCUGUGAGGAGAGAGACCGUAUAGACGCCAACCAGACCCACGACUGGCAUACAUCCACGAGAGAGUUACUCGGCUGUUGGCGGACCAGCGUGGAACGACCGAAGAGCCACCGUCCGCUUCCGCUCGCGCUGCUCGGGGCCUCUCGGGGCACGCGGGACCGAAUCGGCGGGAUAUUCCUCAAAUACAACCGGUUUGUCGCCAUUGUGCACACGAACGCGGAUCUCCACACCUUUCGCGCGGCCAUGGCAUGGGGCCUGUCGAGCCUGACCGUCCUCCACCAUGACCUGGACCCGAAAUAUAACCGCUGUCUCACAUUUAACACGUUCACGAAUCCUGCGGCAUUAUGCUUAAAUCCUGAGAUCCUUGGUUCGGUUAGCGUCGUCAGAAGAUUAGACUGA